AUGGCGAGCCAAGGAGCCUCUAGCCCUCUGACCCUGCCUCCGGGCGUAGAUGCGGCAACCUUCCAAAAGUUCAUCGACGCGGCGCGUGGGGUUGUCGCCGCCGAGAACGUUACAGUAAUCGACAAGUCAGAUCAUCUCACGAAGCAGGAUUACCUUGACCCUAGCAAGGCCCACGACAUGUUUCAUAUUCUGAGCAAGGAGCACUUUAUUUCUUCCGCCGUUAUCGCUCCCCGCGACGUAGCAGAGGUACAGUCCAUCGUGAGGUUGUGCAACGAGUACGAGGUUCCUCUCUGGCCCUUCUCUGCCGGCCGAAAUGUCGGUUAUGGAGGUGCCGGGCCUAGGGUGCCGGGCUCCGUUGGUCUUGAUAUGGGCAGGCACCUGAACAAGAUCAUCGAGGUAGACGUGGACGGAGCUUACGCGCUUGUGGAGCCCGGUGUUACCUAUACAGACCUUCACCAGUACCUUGUGGACAACAACCUGCGGGACAAACUCUGGAUCGACGUGCCCGACUUGGGGGUGUCAUCCUUCCCGAUGGUAGCCUCAUCCGCACCGGUAUGGGCGCACUUCCGAACCCCAACGCGGACACAAGCAAACCCCCACGAGCAGGAGCCCAACGCAGCCUGGCAACUUUUCAACUAUGGCUUCGGUCCGUAUAACGAUGGCAUCUUCACACAAUCCUCUCUUGGAAUCGUAGUGAAGAUGGGAGUGUGGUUGAUGGUAAAUCCCGGUGGAUACCAGUCCUAUCUCGUUACAAUCCCUAGGGAUGAGGACCUUCACAAGGCCAUCGAAAUCAUCCGACCCCUUCGAACGUCGAUGGUUCUACAAAACGUCCCCACAGUGAGGCACAUCCUGCUGGAUGCGGCCGUAAUGUUAAAUCUUGGCCGCUGGAACUUCUACGGCGCUUUGUACGGCCCCGAGCCCAUCCGCGCUGCCAUGUGGGCUGUCGUCAAGCAGGCGUUUUCGACAAUUCCAGGCACCAAGUUCUAUUUCCCAGAAGAUAUGCCCGACAACGUCGUUUUGCAGACCAGGCAUUUGACCCUGCAGGGAAUUCCCACGACAACCGAACUUGAAUGGGUAAACUGGCUCCCCAACGGCGCCCAUCUCUUCUUCUCGCCCAUCGCCAAAAUGCACCACAUCGUGUGCCUAGUCUUCAACCGUGAGGAUCCGGAAUCGUGCCGCCGCGCGCACUGGAUCAUCACGACGCUGAUCGAUGAUGCGGCGAAGCGCGGCUGGGGCGAGUACCGCACGCAUUUGGCGCUGAUGGACCAGAUUGCGGGCACUUACAACUUUAACAAUGGGGCGCAGAUGCGGCUGAACGAGAUCAUCAAGAACGCGCUCGAUCCCAAGGGAAUUUUGGCGCCCGGCAAGAAUGGCAUCUGGCCGCAAAAGUAUGAUGCGAAGCAAUUCCAGAUUGCUAGGCCUAAGCAGCUUUGA